AUGGCAGCCAGUGAGAUGACUAUGGGAAUAAUCUUCAUAUCACAGACUUCAGCUGGAGUUCUGGGCAAUUUCUGUCUCCUCUUCCAGUAUUUGUUCCUUUACAUCACAGGGAACAGGUUAAGGUCCACAGACGUGAUUGUGAUGCACUUGAUAGUAGCCAACUUCUCAACUCUCCUGUGUAAAGGAGUACCCCAGGCAAUGACAGCGCUGGGCAUGGAAGUUUUUCUUGGUGAUGUUGGGUGCAAACUCCUUUUCUAUCUCCACAGAGUGGGAAGAAGUGUGUCCAUGGGCACUACCUGCCUGUUGACUGUGAUCCAGGCCAUCACCAUCAGCCCUGCUGGACUCAGGUGGGCAAAGUUUAGAGCCAAAGCUCUCAGGUACAUUGGCUGCUCUGUAAACCUGACCUGGGCCCUUUCCAUCCUUGUAAAUGUAAUGUUUCCUAUGCACAUCUUUGGAAAACUGACCAAGGCAAACAACACACAUUUUAGAGAUUUUGGGUAUUGUCUUUCAGUUCGUCAUGCAAAAGAGUUCAAUAUACUAUAUGUAAUGUUUGGGUCAAUACCCGAUGUGUUAGGCAUGGCAUUAAUGCUGUUGUCCAGCAGCUUCAUGGUCUUGGUCUUGUACAGACACACACAGAGAAUGAGCCGUGUGCACAGAACAAAGGUGUCCCCAACAUCCUGUGCUUAUUCCAAGGCUACCAAAACCAUUCUUCAUUUGAAUAAUUUCACGUGCAUCAUAGAUUGCAAGAGUCUUCCUAAACUCUCCAGUGCUCUCAGUGCAGAUGAUAGCAAUGGGUUUGGGGACAUGAUGAAGUUGUUAAAGGUGUUUGCUUGCAAAACUUUCUGA